AGAACACCAAGUAUGUAUACAAGGUUGGUUGUACAGAACACCAAGUAUGUAUACAAGGUUGGUUGUACAGAACACCAAGUAUGUAUGCAAGGUUGGUUGUACAGAACACCAAGUAUGUAUACAAGGUUGGUUGUACAGAACACCAAGUAUAUAUACAAGGUUGGUUGUACAGAACACCAAGUAUGUAUACAAGGUUGGUUGUACAGAACACCAAGUAUGUAUACAAGGAACACCAAGUAUGUAUACAAGGUUGGUUGUACAGAACACCAAGUAUGUAUGCAAGGUUAGUUGUACAAAACACCAAGUAUGUAUACAAGGUUGGUUGUAAAGAACAGCACCUAUGUAGACAAGAUCUCUUGUACAGAACACCAAGUAUGUAUACCAGGUCAGUUGUACAGAACACCAAGUAUGUAUGGAAGGUUAGUUGUACAAAACAACAACUAUGUAGUUGGUUGUAAAGAACACCAAGUAUGUAUACAAGGUUUGCUGUACAGAACACCAAGUAUGUAUACAAGGUUGGUUGUACAGAACACCAAUUAUGUAGACAAGGUCAGUUUUGCAGAACACCAAGUAUGUAUACAAGGUUGGUUGUACAGAACACCAAGUAUGUAUACAAGGCUGGUUGUACAGAACACCAAGUAUGUAGACAAGGUUGGUUGUACAGAACACCAAGUAUGUAGACAAGGUCAGUUGUGCAGAACACCAAAUAUGUAUACAAAGUCAGUUGUACAGAACUCCAAGUAUGUAUGCAAGGUUAGUUGUACAAAACACCAAGUAUGUAUACAAGGUUGGUUGUGUAUGCAAGGUUGGUUGUACAGAACACCAAGUAUGUAUACAAGGUUGGUUGUGCAGAACACCAAGUAUGUACAUAAUGAUAGAAUCUUUACUACACACGAUGGAAGAAGGUUCCUGCAGUUGGACGAUGGGGACGAUGACAAACUACCGGCCUUCUGCGCAGAUGAAGCCAAGAGACACUUCAGUUACAUUAUCUCUCCAUGGGUAGAUGAUGACGCGAGAUUCUCUCCAAAAAAAUGGAACCACCACCAGACAGUCGACCCAAGGGCAAAGAACAACUUAGAGGGCUUUUAUUCCAGACUGGCAAAGAUGCUACAGCACAAUCAUACAAACCUGUUCCGGCUCAUCUGUUUGAUCCAGGAAGUGGAAAUCAGCGAGAGAACCAAGCUGACUCAGACAGAUAGAUAG